UAUUUUAAAUUUGUAUUUUUGGAUCUUUAUUUUUUAAUUGCUGUAUUUCAAGUUUAUUUUUCUUUCUUUUUUCAGACAACAAAGCACUACCUAUUUUUCUCUAAACAAUUAUUAAAACAAUGGGUAAUGGUUAUUCUCAUAAUUAUGGCUACAACCCUUUUAUGCCCUAUGGUCCUUAUUAUGGUGGUUAUACUCUUCCCGCUCAAUUUUAUGGACCUGAUCCGCAACUUGUUUAUUGCCCAACCUGCAAGCAAAUUCAAACAACUAAACUUGAAUAUGUUGCUGGAAAGGGUAGUUGGUCGUGUUGUAUUGCUUCAGCAAUUUUAGGGGGUUUGUUCGGCUUUCUCGGUAUUAUAUGGCUUAUCGAGGCUAUUAAUGAGCCUGAAGACGACACAACAACAACUGCCCCCUACCCCUACCCAACAAAAACUAAAGGUUCUCGCGCAGCUCGUAUAGCCUUUUACUCUACUUUUGCUAGUUUUUGCUUUUGUACUUGCUGUUGGUGUAUGUUAAGUUCAUUCUGCUGUCAUUGCUUUAAAGAUGUUAAACAUUACUGUGGUCGUUGUGAUACUUAUAUUGGCACACAUUUACGUGACCAUCGAAGGCCUGUAGUUAUACUACCACCAGAAUGUCAUAAACAUCAAAUAAUGCCCAACCAUCAUAAGUAG